AUGGGAUUCGCUUCCCGUCUAUUCCGCAUUCCGCGGCCAGAGACCUUUCUCUACAUCAUGAGCCUGGAAACAGGCGCAUCCUUAAUUACACUUUCACUACUAUUGAACAAGAUCAGUGGUCUCUAUGGCCUUCUUGCACUCUUGACCGGCUACCACCUGUCGCCCGUACAACUUUCCAUGUACAUUUACUCAAUUUUCGCCCUCGGUCUCGCCGUCUACCUUUUUCCUCACAUCCGAAAACAAUCCCCUCUUGAAUGUCUUGGCCUCGCAUGGCUCUACUUGUUUGACAGCUUGAUCAAUGCCGCCUACACUACCACUUUCGGUGUGACCUGGUUCCUGUUAUUGUCGCAAGGUGACGGUAGCAAAGUCUCCGGAAGUUCGACCAUGGCAGAAACCGCAGGCUUCACCAGUGCUAAGUACGAUGCCGAUAAUACCAAGAAUGCAAACAGCUUCAUCUCCCACUCUCCCCGCAGUGCCGACGCCUUGAGUUCCCUCGUUUCCCAGCCCGAGAGCUUCGAGAGCAUCCUUUUCAUUUCGAUUUUGUGGGCUAUGCGCGUCUACUUCGUUCUUGUCAUGCUUUCUUUCGCGCGUCAGACCCUGCGCCUCUGGAUCGCCGUCCCUCGCCACACACAGCUUCCAACACACAGCCGAAACGUCUCGGUCGCAAGUGUAGCAGAUAUCGACCGAGAGCCUUUCGGCCAUUUCAGCCCCGAAGGUCAGGGGUGGAAGGGCAAGCUCGGUCGGAUCAUGGUUGGUGUCGGCCACAGUUACUGGCUGGGUGAAGAGGAAGAUGGUAACUGGCUGAGUGGAAUCAACCAAAAGUUCCACAGCCGUACCAACACCAACGAUCUUCCGGGUCCUCUGGAACGAGAGCGCAGACGUCGCUCGGGAACUGGGCCCCCUCAGCCAUCACAAUCCCUUGUCCGAUCGGGUAUUCUUCAGCAACCCAUUCAAGAGCAUCCGACUGGGACAAAUGUCAAGUUGCAGGACUGGACUGAACCUCGUUAA